AUAGUUACAUGUUUAUUAUCCUUCCAUGCACACAAAAUUCAGAUUCUCAGUAACAACAGCUUCUUUUCUUGAUAUCUUUCUGUUUCUGCUAUCAUUUUUGGAGCCUUUUCCUUGUACAUCUUGUUUUCUUUUCUUUAAAUACAUGUUUUGGGUUUCACUACUACAUCAUAAAUCCCUCAUUUUGAUCCUUCUUGAAACAUUUUUGCAGUAUCCAUUGAAUUUUCAAAAGAGCUGAGAGCUUGCUACAAAGCCAAAGAUGACGAGGAUCUCCAUCCCCUUACUGGGAUUUAUCCUGCUAUGCUAUUUCUCAAUAGCAACAACAAAAGCAGAAUCAAAUUAUUUGAAAUAUAAAGAUCCAAAGCAGCCAUUUAAUAAUCGAAUAAGGGAUCUUAUGGGCAGAAUGACUCUAGCAGAAAAGAUAGGCCAAAUGGUGCAAUUGGAUCGAGCCAUUGCAACUCCUGAUAUACUGAAAAAUUACUCUAUUGGUAGUCUAUUGAGCGGUGGAGGCAGUGUCCCAAAGCCUCAGGCUACUCCAGAGGAUUGGAUUGGAAUGAUUAAUUGGUUCCAAAAUGGUUCUUUGUCAAGCCGGCUUGGUAUUCCUUUGAUUUAUGGGAUUGAUGCUGUUCAUGGACACAAUAAUGUCUAUAAAGCCACUGUGUUUCCCCACAAUAUAGGCCUUGGAGCCACAAGGGAUCCUAAUCUUGUGAAGAGGAUUGGGGCUGCAACUGCUCUUGAAGUUAGAGCAACAGGCAUUAAUUAUGUUUUUGCUCCAUGCAUUGCGGUCUGUAGAGAUCCGAGAUGGGCAAGGUGCUAUGAGAGCUAUGGUGAAGAUCCUAUGUUGGUUAGAGAUAUGACAGAAAUUAUAUCUGGAUUACAAGGUGAUGCUCCUAAAAAUGGUGUUCCUUAUAUAUCUGGAAAGGAUAAGGUGGCAGCAUGUGCAAAGCACUUUGUGGGUGAUGGAGGCACGACCAGAGGCAUUAAUGAAAACAAUACUGUGAUUGAUUAUCGUGGGUUGAUGAGAAUUCAUAUGCCUGCUUAUUUGCUCUCUGAUAAAGGCGUUUCAACAAUUAUGGUUUCUUAUUCAAGCUGGAAUGGACAGAAGAUGCAUGCUAACCAUGAUCUUGUCACCAAUUUGCUUAAGAACACUUUCAAGUUCAGGGGUUUUGUCAUAUCUGAUUGGCAGGGUAUUGAUAAGAUUACUUCACCUUCUCAUGCAAACUAUACUUACUCAGUCCUGGAAGGAAUUUCUGCUGGCAUUGACAUGGUUAUGGUUCCCUACAAUUAUACAGAGUUCAUAGGUAUACUGACCGACCUUGUCAACAAGAAUGUCAUUCCCAUGAGCCGUAUUGAUGAUGCUGUUAGGAGGAUUUUAAGAGUAAAAUUCACUCUAGGUCUGUUUGAAGAUCCAUGGGCUGAUCAGGUCUUUACAGACCGCCUUGGAAGCCAGGCUCAUAGAGAUUUGGCAAGGGAAGCUGUGAGGAAGUCACUAGUUCUAUUGAAGAAUGGAGAGAACGCAGAUGCCCCAUUGCUUCCUCUACCUAAAAAUGCAGGCAGGAUCCUUGUUGCUGGUACCCAUGCCAGCAAUCUGGGCUAUCAGUGUGGUGGUUGGACUAUCACUUGGCAAGGCGUUAAUGGCAACAACUAUACAGCCGGAACCACUAUUCUAAGUGGAAUCUCAGCUGCUGUUGAUCCAAGCACAGAAAUAACCUACAGUGAAAAUCCUGAAGCUGCUUUUGUCAAGGCCAACAACUUCUCCUACGCCAUUUGCCAACUGCUUCGCUUUAUUGGAGAGCUUCCUUAUGCCGAAACAAGACGGUAGACGGAUACUCAAACAUUGACAAUAUACAGAACCAGGUCCUCACUGUGAGUCACAAUGAUAUGUGGCACCACUAAAUGCGUUGUUGUUGUAAUCUCCGGCGCCCUCUUGGUCACACUUGAGCAGAUACUUAUGCCCCAAAUAGAGUGACUGCUUGAUAGCCGAAGUUGGCUUCCAAGAACCUGAGCACUGGACGCUUUUGCUGAUAUGCUUUUCCGAGACUAUGGAUUUAGUGGGAAGCUGUCUCGAACUUGUUCUAAGACUCCGUGA